UGUGACCCGAUCUCGGCAAUUUCUUGCAUGAACGAGCUGUAAAUGUGUAAAUGGGUUCUCAACUAUCGAUAGACGGGCACAUGUCACCCACUACCAAAGUUAAUGCCAUUUAUACAGCCAUUCAAGAAAGAGAUCUCCAAACUCUGAAGGAACUUUCCAGAACAGACAACGGUCUUCUAUAUGAUAGGCUUCGUCGAGCAGCAUGGCCACUCUUACUACACACUGACCAUGGAAGCUACUUGGAUGAAAAAGCUGACGAUAAGCAAAUAUUGGACGGUGUACAAAUUGCAAAAGAUAUAGAGAGAUCCCUUUACUAUUACCCUCAAGGAAUGUCUGCACCGUUCAAAGAGCACAAACAAAAGGAAUUACGAGACUUGAUUAUGGAAGUACUGUGGAGGAAUCCAAAGCUGAACUACUAUCAGGGCUUCCAUGACAUAUGCGCAUGUUUUCUGCUAGUUUUAGGGAAAAAGGAUGCCAUACCUGCCGCAGAAAAUGUUGCUUUGUUUUUUUUAAGAUAUGCGAUGUUAGAAACUUUCGAUCCUAUAUCAAAACUUUUGAAUUUGAUGAAUGCUCUAUUGGAUAUGGCUGAUCCGCAGUUGAGAGCCUUUUUAGACCGAUGUAAUAUUCUUCCUUACUACGCUUUAAGUUGGAUUUUGACAUGGUUCAGCCAUGAUCUUGAAGAUUACCACAAGGUCAUUCGCCUGUUCGAUCUUUUUAUCGCCAGUGCUCCCUCUAUGCCAUUAUAUGUUGCCUGUGCAAUUACCUGCCUGCGACGAAAGGAAAUCAUGGCCAUGGAUCCCGAUUUUGUACAUACAGCUGUCACCAAUAUACCACCAGACAUCGAUAUCGAGGCAACCAUUCGGCAAGCAUUAGUGCUAGAAAAGAAGUACCCAAUUUUAAGCGUUCAAAAGCACAGUGGCCAAUGGGUUCAUGAACACUCGGCAGCGAAUACAUUCGAAUCAGAUUGGGCUGCUCUGCAAUAUGACCAAGAACCGAAUCAUGUUAGAGUGGAGCAAUAUCUCGGCAAAGGUAUACCAAAGGAGGAGUGGGAAGACGAAGUGUUAAAAGAAAUAAUGCAGAGAAGGAGAAGCAGCACAACAUCAAAGACAUAAUGACGCCAAUGUACCAACAGCUAUUGAUUUUAUCACCAAAAAUUGUAUCAUAAGUUAUCCGAAGCAUAGGGUGUUGAAGACGAUAUAUUAUAUUUUAUAACAGCAUAAUAAACAUUCUGUCAAAUACAGCCAACUCUUGGCAUUAACGCU